AUGGCGAAAGAGAUCCAGGUCUCUAGGCCCGCAUUUCUUGCAACCUACAAUAGCCUUACGGACAAACACCUGGUUGGAUAUUUCAGCAAUACCAGGAUAAGACGACAUCUUCAGAGAUCAGGACUGAUCUCAAGGAGUGGAAGGAUAAUAUCUGAGAAAGAAUACCGGCUAAAUGUUCUGAGGAGGGAUCACCAAAGAUACGUACAGGAGUGCCUGGCUCGCGCCAUAUUUCAUAAGGUCCUUGACAUGGAGCGUCAUCAUCAGCUAGAAAUAAAAAGGAAACUUGAAAAUUCUGUGAGGAAGGAGAGGGUGCAGAAAAUCAAGGUGGAACAAUCCAGAAGAUCAGUGGAAGGUGCUAGCCCUAUGCGCUCCCCACACCCACCGCUUGAUUCAAGAAAUCGCUAUGGGCUCCAUCCUUUAGUGGCUAGAGAACCAGCUGGUCACUCCCAACUGACUUCCUGGCGACCAAAUACAGCUCCAGGAAAUAUGCAACACCCUCUUCGCCUCCAACCACUUCGCAGCUCUGCUGCAGUAGGGUUGGUACCAAAGACGUCCAGCCCUAAACAGAAGCGCUGUGCACUUGAACAUGAUCAGCAGUUUGCCAGUGGGGGGGAAAGGAGUGGGUUAAGACUUAUGGAUUCAAUGGAAUACGUGACUGGUAGAUCCCCAUAUCAACUCCCUGUCAUCAACAAUGAUGUGAUACCAGUGCCACCUCCCCCUCUGCAAAAAGGAGACAAGAGUGUAAAUGCAAUGAGAAGCGGGGUGCUCAGAGGGAGACGGUUUCGUCCCACCACUGCACCAAAUGACGCAGAGCAACUUUUAACAAAGAAUUCUGGAGGAUCCCCUAGGCCCUCAUUACGCAGCAAUGCAUUUGUUACCAUGGUCUUUCUAGGAAAAAGUCUGCAUUUGUUGCACAAUGAUGCUGAUUACAGGGAUGAAAUCAAAAUCUAUCAGCAGCAUUGUGGAGGAGAAAACCUUUGUGUCUACAAAGGCAAGCUGUUGCAAGGAGAGUCCUUUCAGUUCGUCUCAAAGAGGCACCAUGGUUUCCCAUUCAGCCUCACCUUUUUUCUCAAUGGGAUGCAAGUGGACAGGUUGAGCUGUUGCUGUGAGUACAAACAUCGUUCCAGGCUGGGAGGCAGACGUGGAUACUUCAGGUUUCUUAAAGUGGAGGGAGCAUCUCCUUGCUACAGGUGCAUUAUUGCAAUGGGUCUGGACAAAAAGCCAUCCCCUCCCAAAAGAAAGAUGGAGGAGGACCAUGAGGAAAAGCACGUGGUUUCCUGGGGAGAUGGAGCACGCAGUGAGCCAAGUAAAAGCAGUGUUGAGCACAAAUCAAGCAAAGAUUCAGUGUUAGUCAUCUUACCAGGUCAUGAAACAAGUGUGGAAACUAUUGAGGACAAAAUGGAGACCGUACAGGAGUACAGAAAAGAAGAAAGGAAAAAACUAUCUGAUCCUGAGAGUGAAGAUAGUCAGGAAGACACCAAUAAAAAUGAGUAUGAUGAAGAUUUUGAAGCAGAUGAAGAAAUUAAUGAAGAGGGACAAACUGGUGAUCAAAUGAAUGGAAUGUCAAAGUCAUCCUCAGGUGAUAAAAAACAUCAUUUAGACUAUGAAAAGGAGAGUAAAACCUCAUCACAGAAGGCACUGCAGGCCUCUGAUAGUGAGAAAGAUGAAAGUGAUGGAUAUUCUGACAGUGACUCUGAGGAUCAUGGACAAGAAGUGCUAUCUUUAAUGGCCCUGGAUAAUCCAAACCUCAGCUCUGUCCUUUGGUACCUCACCAAGUCUGGCUGGCUGAGGGACAAACGCCGUCGGCUCAGCUGCCCGUUCCAGCUGCAGCAGUUGGGCAGUUUGUGA